AGAGCGCCGGCAGCCUGAGAGCGGUCCCCCGGCUGGCCGAACUCCCAACUCGAGAUAGCCCGUCGAGUUCUUAUCUUUUUUUCUAUCUCUAGAAACGACGAUCUCGCUACCUUGUCUUAUCUAGAAGCUGAUAAUCUAUAGAGCGAGACAGGACGCCGCAACCCAGUGCCACUCUCGAACAUGUCGCUGUGCAGAGCACUAUUCGCGCCCUUGAGGACCGGAUUCCAAAACCGUUUUCUGUCGACCACAAAUCGGUGUUUGGAGCGAUUAUACACAGAGAAACACGAAUGGGUUGAUGUCGAUGGAGCCGAAGGAAAGGUCGGCAUCUCGGACCACGCACAAGAUGCACUCGGCGACGUGGUUUACGUUCAGCCUCCAGAGGUCGGGCAGGAACUCACCAAGGGUGGCGAAUGUGGUGCCGUCGAAUCCGUCAAAGCAGCGUCUGAGAUUUAUUCCCCGGUAUCCGGCAUUGUCACCGAAGCGAACAAGGCGCUAGAAGAUAAACCAGCUUUAAUUAACUCCUCGUGUUACGACGAAGGUUGGAUUUUCAAGCUGAAGUUGACGAACCCCGAUGAGUUGAAAACCCUCAUGUCGGAAGGAGCCUAUGAGGAAUUCCUGAAGACAUCCGAUCACUAGGAUGCCCAAUCGGAGAGCCGAUUAGCCUGUACAUAUAUAUUAAUAAAUGUUUGCUCACUUUCCGAUAA